AUGACCCAAAGAGACAGUCAACAUGACAUCGUCAUGCCGACGACGGGUUACCGCGGCGGUUCUCCUCCAUUCAGUCUUCCACCAACCGACCCAAAGAAUGCGACUCUUGCCGAGAUUUGGGACGCGAUUGAGCGCUACACGAAGGGUCGAGAUGUCCCUGUUGAGCAUUUGCUCCCAUAUCGUAUCGACGAGCACCAAUAUCAAGAACUGGAGAGACAGCUAUCUGAGGAUGACUUUUGCAGAGCCAAAUUACGACGCGACUAUUUUCCUCGAGAACAUCUCUUCAUUCUUAGACUCAGAAUGCCUUCGCGCAUCCAUGCGCACUUUAUUUCAAAAGUCAACCAAGAGAUCAGCCGUCAACUGCGCGGCGUGGAAGGCUCCUCGUCGAAAUUCGUGCAGGAAAUCGAGUUCGAAGCCUCAACGGAGGUCAUCCCCUCAGAUCCAGCAUACGGUCGAAAUGACCCUGACGGUUCAUUUCGUCACAAUGGAGAACCAUUCCCUGGACUGAUAACCGAAAUAGCCUACUCGCGACAAGGCAAGAGGUUCAAAGCACUGGCACAUAGCUAUAUUCUGGGCUCUGAUUUAAGAGUCCGUGCCAUGAUAUCCUUCGACAUCCCUUACAAAACAAACAAGAACAAGGCCGCCACAGUCUCAGUGUGGCGACCAAAAGCGUUACAGGACGACGAGGGCGAGGCUUGGACCGUCACAUCUGAAGUGGUGGUAUUCCGCAAUGACAAUGGACGGCCAAACCUUGAUCCAAAAGCGGGACUCCGCGCCCAUUUGACUGAGUUUGCGAGUGCCAACUUUUGUCAGUCACUCGAUCUCAAAGAGACUGUUUUUAUCUCAUGUGACACUCUGUGUGCCUUACUGGAGGACGCAGAGUCAACCGACGAUGUCCAGCGGCACAUGGCCGCGUCUCAGCCACGCCCGGUCCUGCGAAAGCGAGCCAUGAGCGACACAUCGGAAGAAUAA